UUAUUAGCCCUUUCUCCCUUUACGGAUGCAGCCGCCAAAUGUGGAAAAAGAAAAACCCUGAAAUUCUUCUCACUCCACUGAGAAUCUGAAUAGCCUUCCUUCCUCAGCAGCUGAAAAAACCCUUAGACUCACAACAACAACAACAACAACCCAGUGGCUCUAAGAAACAGCACUAAAGGUCUUUUCUUCAAGGAGAUUUCAGCGCUCAACUCUUCCCUACAAGGUUGGUUUGUCUACUCUCUCUGUCCCCGUCUCCCUCUCCCCCUUCACCAUGGCAGCUGUCUGCACACACCAUCAAGUCUUACCAACACCAGCCUCCAUGUCCUCAAUCAACAUCUCCAAGAGCUCCCAAGCCCAACUUCUCUUCCGCUCACAUUUGCUCAACCAAAACAAGCCCACGUUUUUAACUUCCACUCCCCAUCUCCACACCACCUCUAAACCCCAGUCCAAACCCCACAUUCUCUGCUCCCAAAGCACUAACCCUAAGGCUGCUCGCCGCCCUGAUUACAUCCCCAACCGCAUCUCCGAUCCCAACUAUGUCCGUAUCUUCGACACUACACUCCGUGAUGGUGAGCAGUCCCCUGGCGCCUCCUUGACCUCCAAAGAAAAACUCGACAUUGCUCGGCAGCUCGCAAAGCUUGGAGUUGACAUAAUUGAGGCCGGGUUCCCCGCGGCGUCCAAUGAUGAUUUUGAGGCUGUAAAGAUGAUUGCGAAGGAGGUUGGGAAUUCAGUUGACAAGGAUGGUUAUGUGCCUGUGAUAUGUGGGUUGUCGCGGUGCAAUAAGAAAGAUAUUAAGAGGGCAUGGGAUGCCGUGGAGUGUGCCAAAAGGCCCAGGAUUCAUACUUUUAUUGCAACCAGUGCCAUUCAUAUGGAGCAUAAGCUGAGGAAGACUAAGGAACAGGUGGUUGAGAUUGCAAGGGACAUGGUGAGUUAUGCCAGGAGCUUGGGUUGUGAUGAUGUUGAGUUUAGUCCUGAAGAUGCUGGGAGAUCCGAUAGGGAAUUUUUGUAUCAGAUUUUGGGUGAAGUCAUAAAGGCUGGAGCAACAACUCUGAACAUUCCUGACACUGUGGGUUAUAAUGUGCCAAGUGAAUAUAGUCAGUUGAUUUCUGACAUAAAAUCUAAUACCCCUGGAAUUGAGAAUGUUAUCAUUUCGACUCACUGCCAAAAUGAUCUUGGACUUUCUACUGCCAAUACUAUAGCGGGGGCAAGUGCAGGUGCUAGGCAACUGGAAGUAACAAUCAAUGGCAUUGGUGAAAGGGCUGGGAAUGCUUCAUUAGAGGAGGUUGUCAUGACCUUAGAUUGCCGUGGGGAUCAUGUGCUUGGGGGGCUUUAUACCGGGAUCAAUGCUCGGCAUAUCUAUAUAACAAGCAAGAUGGUCGAAGAAUAUACUGGGUUGCAUGUGCAGCCACACAAGGCUAUUGUUGGAGCUAAUGCUUUUGCACAUGAAAGUGGUAUCCAUCAGGAUGGAAUGCUCAAGCACAAAGGUACAUAUGAAAUUAUAUCUCCUGAAGAUAUUGGGUAUGAACGGUCCAAUGAAGCUGGUAUUGUCCUCGGGAAACUUAGUGGACGCCAUGCGUUGAAAAAGCGACUUGAAGAGCUUGGUUAUGAACUUGCUAAUGAUCAACUUGAGACUAUAUUCUGGCGUUUCAAAGCAGUAGCCGACCAAAAAAAGAGAGUAACCGAUGCAGAUCUCAGAGCAUUGGUGUCAGAUGAAGUUUUUCAGCCAGAAGUUGUCUGGAAGCUUCAUGAUUUACAGGUUACCUGUGGAACUCUUGGUCUUUCCACGGCAACUGUUAAAUUAAUCGAUGCUGAUGGGAGAGAACAUGUGGCAUGUGCAGUUGGAACAGGUCCAGUGGAUUCAGCUUACAAGGCUGUUGAUCUCAUUGUAAAGCAGGAACCGGUAAUACUCCUUGAGUACUCUAUGAAUGCGGUCACAGAAGGAAUUGAUGCAAUAGCAACUACUCGUGUUCUGAUCCGAGGGGAAAACAGUAAUAUAACUACUCAUGCUUUCACCGGAGAAACAGUUCAACGGACAUUCAGUGGAAUUGGGGCAGGAAUGGAUAUUGUUGUGUCUAGUGUGAAGGCCUACGUUGGCGCAUUGAAUAAGAUGUUAGGUUUUAAGGGAAGCUCCCCGACAAAGGUUCCCGUAGAACGAACCAGAGUGUCUGCAUGAAAUGGGGUGGAGCAAUUCGCAUGCGAUAUAUAAGCACGCAAAUCAUUAUUCCGUUUGAUUUCUUGCUUUUUGUACAAAGGUGUCGAGAAAUUUAGGGACGACCCAGAUUGGCUCUCUUGUGUAUGCACAAGUUUUGGAAAUGGAAUUGUUCAUAACCUGUAAUUGAAUUUUGGUUUCACUUUAUUAUGAAUUUUAUUUUAGUUCGAAUGAUACUGUUAGCUCAAACUGCGCUUCCCCAAGAGGAUGCCAAACUGCAAUAUUUUCGCAUGUGUAUGUUGAGAGUGUUAUUGUGCGGCUGAAAAAGCCGAAGUAGAAAGUCUGAUUAAGGGCCAGUUUGGCA